CCUGAAUUAUCGGAUUCCGGCACGUCAUAGGUUUCAAUCGACUCUGGUAGCGCAGCCUUGCAGGCAACACUGAUAUUCAUAGAGGACUCGAGCACCUGACUCAUUGUGUCACCACUACUGCAGGGACUUGGAAGAGGCCGCCCCAGGACAGAUCUAGAUAUAUAGGUGGCAUUUGAAUCUAGUCGUCACAUCCUCCUGUACUACCUACAUUUGCAACCAACAACGCACUCGCAGAUUUAAAAACCAGUGAAGCUACUGGACCACCGGAUCAAACACAGAACACAGAAAGACAACCAUCUGCCUAUCUGAGCAAACCUCAGACAUGGAGCUUUCCAACUCGGAGAGGAACCCAAAUGCGCCACUACGGUUGCUCUCGCUUGAUGGAGGAGGUGUGCGCGGAUUGUCAUCACUACUUGUCCUCGAGACACUGAUGGAAAACAUUGCUUUGGAAGAGAAGAGACUUGGAAGGAGGGCGAUGAACAAUCAUGAGCCACUCAAGCCAUGUGAUUAUUUUGACCUCAUUGGCGGCACAUCGACUGGAGGAAUCAUAGCCAUUAUGCUUUCGCGGUUACGGCUCGACUGCAAGCAGUGCAUAGCCGUUUACAGCAAGCUGGCUGAGCAGAUUUUCAAGCACGACCGAUCCAUCAAGGCAUUCGGUAUGAAAGUGCCCACAGGAGCCAGCCGGUUCUCCGGUGCCGUGCUCGCAAACGCCAUCAAGACCGCACUCGAAGAUUUGGGCUUCGACCCUAACGAACUCAUGUGGGACGAGGCGCUAUUCGAAGAGGUGGAAGAGGCAAACGAACUACCUAGGGACAGCAUCUGGGCAGAUGCCGCACCGGAGUUGGUACUCACGGAAAGUCCACUAGCGACUAUGAAGAACUCAUUGGCUUCACUGGAGUCGGGUCCACCGCUUAGUACUACAAGCACAACAAGGCCUUCAUCUACACUCUACAGUUCAAGUCCAUUCACUCCAAAAGCACCCACACGAAGCCCUACAUGGAAACUCCACAAGCGGCAAUCAGUUCAUCGGAAAGCAAAUGCAAAGGGCUGUCGCGGCUUUGUGCUCACCUCACUCAAGAACGCACUAGGGCUUCCAAGGAUCCUAUCUACAUAUGAUCCAAACGACCGAACUACUCGCAUCUGGGAAGCGUUACGGGCGACAUCGGCAGCACCGACAUUUUUCGAAGAAAUGCAGUUUGGCACACCAAAAGUCACAUACCUCGACGGUGGUGUAGGAUUCAACAAUCCCUGUGCAGAAGUCGACUACGCAGCCAAAGCACUAUGGGAGAACCGGUCCAUUGGCGUCAUAGUCUCCGUCGGGACGGGCCUCCAGAGCAUCCCCAGCGUAAAGAAGAUGGCCUCGUGGCUCCCCUUUGGUCUCGGAACCGACAUCUCAAUCGCCAGCGCGCUCACCGGCAUGGCAACUAGCACAGCACGCGUCGACAACGAAAUGAAGCGCAUGUACAGCAACUCCGACACAAAGUACUUCCGCUUCGACGUAGACCGUGGCCUCGCCGACGUCAGUCUCGAGCAAUGGAUGAAGGAAGACGAAAUGGCUAGCCUAACGGAACUCUACAUGAACGACGGCCAACAAAUCCGCGCCGCCCGCGACUUUGGCGAGCGCAUGGCCAAACUCUCUGCUCUCCCUCCCAAAUUCGAAAUUGGCGCCACCCAAUUCACCGUCGGCAUGACCAACACCCGCAAACUCGACGACUCCUUCAAACUCGUCCACGUAGAUUUCAAGAGCGGAAUGCCCAUCGGCACCGGCCUCGAUGUAACCCUCAGCCCACCGAACCGCAGCACCUCGCCCACGGGCGAAGGCGGCCUCGCUCUCGACGACACAGGCCGCCUGCGCAAAAUCUACCCCGUAGCCGCGGACCUGGACCAUGACGGACGCCGCGAGGAGGCAGCCGUAUACCAGUGUCUCCACGCCGAUAAUAUCUGUCUCCGCAGCAUCAAAACGGGGAUUCCACAGGGCAAAUACAAAGUCUCCUUCAUCGCCUCUUUUCACUCUUCCGACCACACGCCUCCGUGUGACAUCAUUUUCAGCGUGGGCAAACCGUAUGAUGUGGAGAACUUUGUAACGCGGUUUGUGGAUGUCAAGAUUACGCCGGAUGUUGCGGCCGUGUUGCUCCAGCCUGAUGCUAUUCGGGUGCGUGUGGGUAGUCGCCGGUAUGAGGAGUAUAAGGGGAAGGGGUGGGUGGAGAUUCAGGGGGAUAUUGAGAUUAGUGUUGGAUUGGAUGGCGCAUUGGGGUUCUUGAUUAGUAAGAGGUACAAGAAGGAUGUUUUUGUUGAUGGGUGGAGUUUUGGCGGGGUGAGGCUGGAGCCGGUGUUUGGGAAUAGUGUGAUUGGAAGUCCGAGGAUUGUGUGAUGAUGGUGAAGGGAGGAUGUAUGUUCUUUCUUUCUUUCUUUUUGUUUGGGGGGCUGCAUGGUUGGUGUUUGCUAGCGUUUUUAUUCUUGUUCAUGUUUUUUCUUCUUCUUGCAUAUAUGUACAACGACAUAGAGGUCUGACUAGGUUGGCUGUUUUUUUUUAUGAAUGGGUUGGGAUUCAUGAUAGGAUGGGAUUAUGUCGUCUAAAAUGAUCAAUGCAUUUAGUGAACCUUUGCC